GCAAAAACCAUGCAAAUGCCCUCCCCUUCAAGGGACCUGACACAUCUUCUUGAUAAUACUCCAUUAGUUAACCAAUCUCAGUUAUUAGUACUAUAUAAGUACAGCAAACCUGCCCCAGCUUUGGCAAAAACAAGAAAAAUUAACUGCAUUGCUACUAGUAAAGUGAACCCAGAUAGCAAAUCCUCUAAUAAAAACCCAACUUGGGCUCCAAAGUCACCGAGAGUGAGAGUGUCAUCUUCCAUCAGACUUCAAUUCAGCCAUGGUUUUGGCGCAAGGCAAAUGGGUUAAGCUUGAUCAAAAUGGAACUGGACCUGGAGCAAGAAGCUCACAUGCCAUCACCAUUGUUGGACAAAAAGCUUAUGCCUUUGGAGGUGAGUUCAAACCACGCGUACCAGUAGAUAAUAAUCUGCACGUGUUUGACCUAAAUGAACAAACAUGGUCGGUAGCUCAAGUGACCGGUGAUGUCCCUCCACCUCGUGUUGGUGUCUCAAUGGCGGCCGUUGGUGAGAUCAUUUAUGUAUUUGGUGGUAGAGACGCUACACACAAGGAGCUCAAUGAGCUAUACUCUUUUGACACAAAUUCAAACAAGUGGACCCUUAUCUCUAGUGGGGACACAGGACCUCCUGACCGGAGCUACCACUCAACCACCGCAGAUGACAAGCGGGUGUAUGUAUUUGGUGGGUGUGGUGUUACUGGGCGGUUAAAUGAUUUAUGGGCUUAUGAUGUUGUCGAGAAAAUUUGGGUCAAGUUUCCAGUUCCAGGGGAAAACUGCAAGCCUAGAGGUGGACCUGGGCUAGCUGUGGCUCAGGGGAAAAUAUGGAUUGUGUAUGGUUUCUCAGGUGUGGAGCUUGAUGAUGUCCACUGCUUUGAUCCGGUUGAUGAAAAGUGGGUCGAGGUAGAGACAAGCGGCGAAAAACCAACGGCGCGCAGUGUGUGCUCAACGGUUGGGAUUGGGAAGCAUAUAUUCGUGUAUGGUGGGGAAGUGGAUCCUAGUGACCUAGGACACCUUGGUGCGGGGAAAUUCUCUAGCGAUUUCUACAUGUUGGAUACUGAGACAGGAGUGUGGACAAAAUUGGAUGACCAGUCAAACUCCGGCGAUGAUCAUCCGGGGCCACGUGGGUGGUGCGCAUUCGCGCCAGGGAAUCGAAAUGGCCAACUUGGGUUGCUGGUGUAUGGUGGCAACUCGCCUAGUAACGAUAGGCUUGAUGACAUUUUCUUUUUCACUCCUUGCUUGAAUUGAGACGGAAAAAUGG